GCUUGAAUGCAUUUGUUUAAAAGUCUACCAGGUGCAGUGAAGUCGUUAGUAGAUGGGGGAGGAUCAGCUGCCAGACAAAGAAAAAAAGAAGUUUUAAAACAUUAUAAGGUUUGGAUGUAAUUUACCAAAUAAUUUAAUAUUUUUUGGCACUUUCGAUGAACAUCCCAGCCACAAAGUUGGUUGACAGCAGAGCUACCAGUCUCGUGGACUAGGUACAGACUUUUUAUUUUUCAUACAGGUAGAUUCAAGACACGCAAGUGUCACGCAAUGAUCAUCACUUCACUUCAUCUCCGUCCAUAUUAUGUGACUUGUCGCAAAGUGAAACCAAACCAAUGGAAACCCCAGGUUAAAGUGCGCAUGCGUCUUUCGAACAGGGUUUUUUUUUUCUGAGAAAUUCUUUAUAUCGGACUGUCGUUCGCUUUUUGGAGUAUAAUAUUUCUGCCUCACGACUGAUGGACACCUUUAACCCUCUGACCCUGAGUCGUUAUAAUACCAGCUGUUUAACAAUAAUGAAGGAAAGAACACCGUUGAAUCAGCUGAUGGCUUUCAAAGACUCCAACGUGCAAAGAGUCAUCCAGCUGGUGCACAGGGUGGUGCAGAAGAGCUGCAGAAGAGCCUGCCAGCUGUUCUGCUGCCCCUUGGACACCAUGUUGUGUGAAAAGGCCUGCCCAGCUCAAAACCAGCAGAUUACAGAGGAUAAAACUACCCAAGUGGCGGUCCGGAGUCUGCCGUCAACCAUUUUGAUUGUGAACAUCAGCAACUCCACCCUGAUCGACUGCGUCAUUGGGCAUGAAAGCUACCCCUCUGCAGUGGCCGAGGGUCAGCCUCUCAUGCAGGGAUCGGGGCUCCACAUGUACGAUCAGAUGACGUGCAGCUACAGCCAGGGACAGCAGGGGGCAGCACAGACCUCUGCUUCUCCACCUCCUCCUCUCUGUCCUCCACUUCCACCAGAACAACCUCCAAGCAUCAACAUCCACAGCUCCCAUCUCAACUUUGUCAUCAUCGGAGACAACAACUACAUGCACGCUGAACAGAUCUGCUCGAAUGAAUUAGAAGAGCCACAGGUGUGACCCAGGCUGUGGACACACACACACACACUACACACACACACGCACACUCUUAAAUACACCAUCAUUUUCGGGGGAUGAGAACUUAAACUCAGUUGUACAAGAAAUAUUUAGAGUUCAGUCUCCAGGCCACUUUGUUCUUUGACACAGAUUUGUAAUUUAUUCUCUAAAAACUUUACUUUCUAAAAACAGUUACUUUCAAUAUAACUUAAUCUGUCGUACUUUCUCAGUAAAACAAAGGUCCCUCACAGUUUCCCAAAGCCCUGGUUGGCAAAUGGAAACUGCUGGUUUUGUCGGAUCGAAUGUUGAAAAUCCACAGAUGUUCAGUUUAAGAUCAGUAAAAGCAGCAAAUAGAUUUAGGAAGCUGAAACCAGAGAAGUUUUUGACAUUUUUGCUUAUAACUCCAGUUUUGACGUUUUUGACGUAACUGGAAAGGGGUCUCAGCCCUCACAUUUGUGAAUGCUGACGUAAAAACACAACUGCGGUUCAUUCAUUAUGGUUUUCCAAGUGUUGAAAGAGUUCCCACACGUCAACUCCCCAAACCUCCUUUUAUACAAUAGUUCUCUUCAGUCAAACGGUUUCCUGUUUUGCAACGCUCCUCUGUCAGAUAUGAGGACAUGAAGUUGGGAGCAAUGGGAAAUUUUACGGCAUUAAUUUAUCACGUAGAUGUGACUUUGUCAUGACUCAUCUCUGUAUGACCCGUUUAUCUUUCUGUAACGUAUGUCGAGUGGUCUGACAUGCCAACUGAUAUACUUUGUGGGGUGGAAAACUUGCUGUAAGAGUUAUGAAUUGUGUAUUGUGUAAUUAGACGUAGACUAACAGUAAUAAAAUACUGUGUGUCUGUGACUAGAAUCCUUAUCAUGUCAUGAUAAAGGUGUUGACUUACGUUAAAAUGUAUGGCCUAUGGUCAUUAACAGUAGACUACUUAGUAGUGUUCAUUGUUGUAACUCAUUUUGAUUUCUUGUAUUUGAUAUUGUUUAAUCUUAUAAAAUAACAGUUUGACCUUUGUGUCCUUACUGUACUGUGAACAAAUUAUGUACUAAGAGGACUUGGAAUCAGUAUGCUACCGUUGUGCCUGCUGAUAUGUUUCUAUACAGUAUGAUGUUAUGAUGAUGAUAUGCUCCAUGUAACUUUCACACAGUGUAUUACUUCUCUGAGAUAUUGUAAGAGAUAAGUUUUUGAUUUUGUCGUUGUAUUGUUUGUUUGUUGCAUGUUUGAAAUGACCAGCAUAUUUUAAAUAAAGAACAAAGAAGAAUUGCA